AUGAUGUCUACCAAAGACAUGGCUAAAGUAAUGAUUGUCAUGCUAGCAAUUUGUUUUCUUACAAAAACAGAUGGCAAACCUAUUAGGAAGAGAGCAGUCAGUGAAAUACAGCUUAUGCACAACCUGGGAAAACACCUGGCCUCCAUGGAGAGGGUGGAAUGGCUGCGUAAGAAGCUGCAGGAUGUGCACAAUUUUGUUAGCUUUGGAGCCCAUUUAGCUGCCAGAGAAGGGGGUUACCAGAGGUUUCCUAAAAAGGAGGAUAAUGUCCUCAUUGACAACUUUCAAAAAAGUCUUGGAGAGGGAGACAAAGCUGAUGUAGAUGUAUUAGUUAAGGCCAAAUCUCAAUAA